AACCUGGUGGUCGUAGUGAACCACGCAGGUCAGAGGAAGUGAGGAGUAAAACAAUGCGAGAGAAGCGCGGCUAGGUUUGGAAAUGUUCGUCAGGGGCGGAUGAGAGGAGAGAAAAGGGGGAGGCACCUGAGAGACGGAGCAGGUCAGCCUACCGCGGCGUCAAGUUUGCGUUUUAAACGCAGCAGCAACAGCAGCAGCAGCACUACUACUCCAGUGCAGCUCCAGAGACAUUUGUCCAGUGGAGGAGUCUCCAUCGGAUCCACUCCUGCCGCCGCUCCGAGCCUCACAUUAUGACUACGCGUUGUUGUCACGGACUUUAACUUGUGAGGUGAGCCGUGACCGUCCCCGUCUUUGUCUCCCAGCGCAGCUGCACACACACUGUGGGCAACCCGACCCGUCUGCUCAGACCCCGCGCUGCAUUCAGAGAAUCCAUGGCUUCUGGCUCUCCGUCGCCCUCUGAAGGCCACAGGCUAAGGCUGCUGGAGUUGCUAUUUGGGCCUUUGUUGGUCCUGCUGGUUUCUGGGCUAGAACCAGCACUGGGUGCGAACGUCUACACCAACACAUGGGCCGUUCACAUUCCCGGAGGUCAGGAGGUGGCCGAUCAAAUUGCCAAUAAACAUGGAUUCAUCAACCACGGACAUGUAUUUGGUGAUUACUAUCACUUCCGGCACCGUGCAGUGGUGAAGAGGGCGCUGUCGGUUCACAGAGGGACACAUGUCCGCCUAAUAAAUGAGCCUAAGGUGACCUGGGCAGAACAACAGGUGUCGAAGCGGAGGAAAAAGAGGGAUAUUAACACGGAACCUAUAGAGCCUUCAGAUCCCAAGUUCAAAGAUCAGUGGUAUCUGUACAACAGCAACCAGCGUGACUUAAAUGCCAAAGCUGCGUGGCAGACGGGCUACACAGGUAAAGGUGUGGUGGUGUCCAUCCUGGAUGAUGGAAUAGAGAAGAAUCACCCCGACCUGAUGCAGAACUACGACCCGGACGCCAGCUACGAUGUGAAUGAUGGCGACCCAGAUCCUCAGCCUCGAUACACGCAGCUUAAUGAUAACAGGCAUGGAACACGUUGUGCUGGAGAAGUGGCUGCAGUCGCCAACAAUGGAAUCUGUGGAGUCGGCGUGGCCUACAAUGCCAAGAUUGGAGGUGUGCGCAUGCUGGACGGCGAGGUGACCGACAUGGUGGAGGCCCAGUCUCUCAGUCUUAAUCCCCAACACAUUGACGUCUACAGCGCCAGCUGGGGCCCAGAGGAUGAUGGGAAAACCGUAGAUGGACCUGCCAAACUUGCCAAAGAAGCUUUUCUGCGUGGAGUGACCGAGGGUCGUGGUGGUUUGGGAUCUAUCUUCGUGUGGGCGUCUGGAAAUGGAGGCAGGGAGAAGGACAGCUGUAACUGUGACGGCUACACCAACAGCAUCUACACCUUGUCCAUUAGCAGCUCCACUCAGAACGGCAACGUUCCCUGGUACAGUGAGGCCUGCUCCUCCACGCUGGCCACCACCUACAGUUCUGGGAACAUCAAUGAGAAACAGAUUGUGACGACAGACCUGAAAUCAAAAUGCACAGACUCCCACACAGGAACCUCUGCCUCUGCGCCGCUGGCUGCCGGGAUCAUCGCUCUCGCCCUUGAGGCAAAUAAAAACCUGACCUGGAGGGAUAUGCAACAUCUGGUUGUGCGAACUUCUCACCCUGCCCACCUGCUCACCAACGACUGGAGAACCAACGGGGUUGGACGCAAAGUCAGCCAUUCAUAUGGAUACGGUCUCCUUGAUGCUGGUGCGAUCGUGUCCCUGGCGAAGACGUGGAAGAACGUGGGGCCGCAGAGGAAAUGUGUGAUCUCCAUGGUCACUGAGCCGAGGAACAUCGGCAGCCACUUAUCAAUCAACAUGAGCGUGGAAGCUUGCAUUGGCACAGACACUCACGUGACCUCAUUAGAGCACGUGCAGGCUCGACUCACCCUGACAUACAACCGCAGGGGAUACCUGGCCAUCCACCUCAUUAGUCCUGCCGGCACACGCUCCACACUGCUUCACCCCAGACCUCAUGACUAUUCAUCAGAAGGUUUUAACGACUGGGCUUUCAUGACCACCCACUCCUGGGAUGAGAACCCCAAGGGGCUGUGGAGGCUGGAGAUUGAGAAUGUGGCUGGAGCCAACGACUAUGGAACUCUGACCCAGUUCAUUCUGGUGCUGUACGGCACCGGCUCGGCGUCUCAGAGCACGACUGAAAAGCCACAGACUGUCACCAGCAGCUGUAAGACGCUGGACCUGAGGCAGAUAUGCAUCGAGUGCGACACGGGCUACUUCCUCUUCCAGGAUAGCUGUGUGGACGAAUGUCCGGCGGGUUUCUCCGUGGGCUCCAAACCCCUCAACUACACCGUGGGCAACUCCAUAUCGCCGUCUUCCGUCCCGGCCUGCCUUCCCUGCCCGGAGCCCUGCCUGACCUGCAGUAAACUCAGCCCUCACUCCUGCCUGUCCUGUCCUCCUCACAGCUCCGUGGACUAUGCCUCCGGCACGUGCGUGCACCUCAACCAGUACCUGCGCGAGUCCCCGGGCACCUUCAUGACCAGCCAGGGCAACGCGGUGGUGCCGGCACAGCCGGGCUCCCAGCUGCCGCUCACCGUGGCCGUGCUCAGCUGCGUGGCCAUCAUCGCCACCUUCGCCGGCAUCUUCCUGCUGCUGCAGCUGCGCUCGGGCGCCGUCAUCAAGCUGCCGUCGCUGGAGGCGGGCGGCGGCCUGGGCGGCACCUUCAGCCUCGGCGGCAGCAGGGUGGUGUCGUACCGCGGCAUCCCGACAGUGUGGGGGGAAGACGGCAUAAACACAGACUCGGAAAACGAAGAGUUUGACGUCCACAAUGAGAGGACUGCCUUCAUCAAAACACAAAGUGCUCUUUAAUGCCUCCCCCACAUCCCUUCCUUUCUCUGCGGCUUUUAAAAACCUGUCAGCCCCGCUCUCCUGAUAAUUCCGGGCUGUAACUGGGGUAACUGUCUCUUCCCAGUCUUUUUCCGGUUUUACCACUCAUCCCUUCUUUUUCUUCUUCUUCUCCCACUGGGUCUUUCGUCUUCGUCACUCUGCUGUGGGAAGCCUGACGGGAAGCUGCUGUGCUGGGAUGGCCCGAGCUUUGCUUUGUUCACACUUGGCCGCAUUUCUAUUAAAACUCUCUCCCCCUCUGUCUCUCUCUCUCUCGCUCUCUCUCCGUCUCUGUCUCUCUCUCUCUUCCUCCCUGUUGCCCUCGGUCACCACCAGUUGUCUGUGCAGAGUCCAUUUUCCCCCUCAAGCUCCUUUGUGCUCUUUUGUUACAGUAAACAAAUGAUUAUCGUUUGCUUUCUUUUCUAUUUCCCUCGUUCCAUCAGUCUCUGUGCAGUAGCCAGACGAGAUUGCUGAAUGUGAAGAAGCAGAGAAGCGCGUGUGUGUGUGUGUGUGUGUGUGUGAGUGAGAAUGAGAGCAUUAUGUAAAUCUGAACAGUGUCGUGUCCUUUACAGAGACGAGGAAGCCAUCGAUUGUACGACUCGGACAAAAAUCAGUGACACAAGGUGUGUUUCCAGAAUUUCCAUUUGCGCGCCAUAAAAAACCCCAAAAAAACAACAGACAAUUAGAAAAAAGUCUUGAAAUUUCACAUUAAACUUUUGACAUUUUGUUGACGAAAGGUCGACAGUUUUAGUCGCAGUGAAAACAUGCGUAAAUGGCACCGGGAAAAGAACGAAAACUUCCAUUUAGUGCAAGAAGCAAAUGUUACUGCGAUAUUCUGAGACUUUUGCACCACCUACUGGUGAUCUUGGCAAACAGCAGUCAAUGGAAACAUGAAUAAAAAAAAGUGCUUGUUUUCUUUGACAGAAUCUUUGAAAAUUCGGUCAAAAUCUGCGACACUUUUGAAUCGGAUUCUCUCCACUUUAAUGUCGCGGUUCCCAAGUGCAUUUAAAAAGUGUUUUAUUAUCUGUUUAAAUCAAACAGAGAAGUAUAAUCACACACCGAUUCUCUGUCAGUGAUAUUUAAAACCCACUAAAGUCCAUUUAAUCUCAAGUGUGCGGCGUCUUCACAUCACGCUCACAGCUUUACCUUCCUGUUAAACGUGCUUUUUUUUUAACAGGAAACUGAAGUUGGUGUCACUUCACAACUCUCUCUUCACAGGAUGCAGGAGUUUGUCAAUCCACCGCUGACUGUGAUGAUACAAUCAGUGGUUUUGUGUCAACUCUGUGUUGGACAGAUUUUGAUCAGAUUGACAGCAGUGACUCCUGUGUCCUGCCAGCUAAAAUCUCUGUUUUUGUCAAUGGACUUUGGUGUGAAGAGUCAUUUAGAUAAUUGAUAAAAAAAGAACCCGUUAACCUGAUUUUUACCUCAGAGAAACCUUUAGUCUCCUGCUGCCUUUUCUUCCUCUGUGUGUGAAAGACUUUGUUUAUUUCAACCCAAGUAACACAAACUUUCAGACGAGAGCAGCAGCAGCAGCAGCAGCAGCAUCAGCAGCAGCAGCACGAGCUCCGCUGUCCCCUGAGCUAAAAUAAUUGCUGUGUUUUUGUCAAUGGACUCCAGUAAAAAGUGAGUUUACGAAGCCUCGCGAUCAUCGCUCUCCUGUCGGGGGCCAAAAUAAAAGUGGGUCUCACUUUAA